UUCGAUGUAGAGCUCUGGGUUUCCCUCUCCUUGGCAUUUCGGAGUCCGGAGAAUCCUGAGAUCCCAACCCUCGUUCAUCGAACUGCUCCGGUUCAAUAACAGACUGCGAGCAAUGAUAAGAAUACAGAAGUAGAGGGCCCAAUGCUUUGAAAUAGCAGCGGCAACAUACUCGACAUCAAGAAACACGAGCUUCAGAAUAUAUCAGAUAAGUACCACAAAUUAGAUGAUAUUCCAACAUUUGAUUUGGGUUUGCAGAAGCAUGUUUAGGAGAGCUUCUUACUGUAAUGUACUCAGAACCAGACUAAAAUCUUGACAGUUCUGAUAUCGUCAAUGCUGAAGAGUUUUAUCUGAUAGAAACCCACCAAACAUCUUGAAUCCAGUAUUUUGCAAAGAUUUUGAUAGGUCUUAUAAUUGAUAGAUAUGAAAAUGAAAUCUCGUAUUGACCGUUGGGUUGGUAUUAUAAUGUAUAUCUUUUGCAUGCAUUCAUGGCUGAAAGGAAUCCUCUGAUUGAUCAGUACCGACGUAUCCUGUUGUAUUACUCUCCAACGGUGAGUGAACUGCAGUUAGGCUGUUGCUUUUGCUCUACUACAAAAAUAUUCUUAUAACAGAAGGAGACAAGCAGAUGAAAAGAGUUGCAUCAUAAGAGCUGCAUGCUCUCCCAGCUUUCCUUAGUUCCAUUUUUUUCGUUAUGGACCAAUGAUGGUUGUCGAUUUUGUCAUUUUUCUCGUUUAAUACAUUUAGGCAGUUUGAUUCAGUGCCAAAUGCCUGGUGUCAAGGUCUCUAUCUUGUUUAAUCUAUGCUGACUCAGUCACUGACACAUUGCUUUUGGCAGUAAUCACCAUGAAUGGACCAGCAAUUGAAGGCGCUACUUGGUAGUUGGACCAUCUUCUCGUCACUGCUUCAGAUGAAGAUUAUGAAAGUAGUUUGAGGAAAUGGGCUACUAAUGGCAGCUGCAGAAGCAAGGGCUGCUUGGCAGCGCACUGCGAACCGUUGUCUAGUCCAGGAAGAUGCAAAACGAGCUCCAAAAUUAGCUUGUUGUCCAUCGUCUACCCCACAAAAUGAUUUAGGCAAUGGGAACACAGCAAUUGCACAAGAUAAUUCUGUUCCCAACUUGAUGCCUUUGAACAGGAAUUCCAUGAAUGCUAAUCUUUCACCUGAAACAAAAUGGUGGCUUCAGCUGCAACCCAAUUUUGGAUACCAAAAGGACUUUAUCUUUGAGCAACUAAGUUCCUUAGAAGAUGAAGUUGAUGAGAAGGACACGGAAACUAUGGUCCCAACAUCAAAGUUGGAUCUGGAAUCUUUGCCAAUUGACUUUAACAAUUUUGCUCUUAAAAAGGAAGAGAGUAUUCUGGAACCACCUUCGAUGGUAUCAUCAACUGUCGUGAUGCAUGAUUCUGAAACUAUGGUCAAAGAUAUUAGGACAGCAACCAGUAAUCCACAACAGUUACCAAAGCGGAAGGCACCUGUGAGUGAUUAUUUUCAUAAGAAGAACGAACUUCUGGAUAUGGAGUCAGUUGAUCAAUUAAGUUUGACAAGGCCAGAAAAGGCUUCUUCGGACCUUGAAACACCUUGGACUGGGAGUAAUAACUCUGAGCCAUGGUGGCGUAUUGCAGACAAAGAUGAGUUGGCUUUAUUAAUUGCCCAAAAAUCAAUGCAACAGCAUAUUGAAAACUGUGAUCUGCCUAAACCCAGAGAGACAAUUCAUGUUACUAAGAACCUUUCUUCUUCUGAGAAUAUGGAUAAAUGUGGGAAUUUUCAAUCAUCAUCGGGAAGAAAGUUAAGUGCAGACAUAAGCAAUGCCAACGAACACUCACAUAAUACAUUUUCUUUUGCAAACUCUGAGAACAAGAAUUUGUCUUCUGGUGAAAGAGGCUAUAUGCUCCAUGAUUCAGAGAAAUUGUACAGCCACACACGAGGUUAUGUAAAUGAUGAACAACAUGAAGAUAACCAUACAUCUGAGCAUGACCUUUCAAGGGCUGAGCUGCUGGAGGCACUUCACCAUUCCCAAACCCGAGCUAGGAUAGCUGAAAUAGCAGCCCAGAAAGCUUAUGAUGAGAAGGAACACAUAGUCAAGCUGUUGUUCAGACAGGCAUCACAUCUAUUUGCAUACAAGCAGUGGCUACGAGUGCUGCAACUCGAUAACAUUUUUCUCCAACUCAAGAUCAAGGACCAUCAGAUAGCGACGAUCAUCCCUGUGCUGCCCUGGAUGCCAUUGAAGGGGAAACUCUCAGGCAAAGGUAACAUAACAAGAAACGGGAGUAAAAAGCACAAACGUCACAUAUGCAAAUAUGCCGUUGCCUUUGCUGUUGGGUUGGGUCUGGCUGGUGCAGGGUUGCUCUUAGGUUGGACAAUUGGCUGCUUGUUUCCCUCUAUAUAGAUCUCUAUAGUUCAGAAAUAUGCCAAUUUCUUUGAACCAAAUGACUCCCAGGCUCCUUUUAUCUCAGGCAAGCCAGUGAAUAUUAGGCCCAUAUUUUGUGGGCUGAUGUGAAAAUCUUGGGUAUAUGGGGUGGCUCAGAUCAUCUUCACUGGAGGAUUCAUCUUUCGUUGUAUAUAUGGUUUCUCAUGUACAUACGUUGAAUCUGAAGUUGUACAUGCGUUUAUUAUGCACAGGUAGGGUGGCGAAGCUUUAUUAAUUGUAUGAAAUAAGAAAGUGUCUGAUGACAUCAUCGAUUAGAUCUUUAUUGUUAUUCAUUACUGCACAAUCAUUGUAAUGAUGCCUUGGUGAUCUCAAA